CCUGUAUCUAUAAUUGGCUAUGAAAAAUAGUACACACACAACUCAAAAAUCUCCAUUUAACGUUCAAGAAUUCACACAGACAAAACACACACACGCAGUGGAAGAGAAAUAAGAGAGGUGGUAAUUAAGGGGGUUGGUGAUUUUGCAACAUUUGAUGCUGCCAUGUUUGUGAGGUUUGAAUAUGAGUGGACUAUGGGAAUUUAGGGAGGUGAUUUGCCUCUCUGAAUUCCCUUAAUCUUUCUUUUUCUUGGCGUGUGUGUGUUUUGGUUGAGGUGAUCACUGCUUGUUGGGAAAGAAAAAUUCAAGAAUUUAUCUCUGAAACUGAAGGAAACAGCUAGAAAUUCAAGAAUUAAACUCUCUCUUCUGGGGUUGCUUCAGUUUCAUCAGCUUGUGCUCUUUCUAUGGAAGUUGCCUUUGGUUUGAUAUCGGCAUAAGAGGGUAAAAGAUGGAAGUCAGAUGGUUAAAGAAGUUACAGAAAUGGGCCGUGUUUUAAGGAAUUGCUGAUUCAUUCUCUUAUAGGUUUCACGUAUUUUCUGAAAUAGCUAAGUCUGGUUUGACACAGAAGAAAGUUGGUUCCUGGUCAGUAUACCACAUAUUUUGCAAGGAUUUCCUGAUGUAGUUCAGUGGCUCAUAUCAACUUACAUUUUCUCAGCAGUUUCCUUGGUUACUCAAGAGCAGAUAUCUUUUUUGGCAUUUUAAACACUUUAUGCAACACAUCUGUCUUUUUCUGGUUGAUUCAACUCUCUGAGACAUCUCCUUUUUGUGGAAGUAAGUAAACCUGACAGAACAGCUGGUUCCACUUAAGGGGAAAAUCUUCUUUGGCAAACUGUCUUUGGCCUUUGAGAGGAGUAAAUUCCUUUCAUGCGAGAGCAUCUAGUUACAUGUGUCUCUCUAUUGGCUCUGCUGGGCAAAUCUCCUUUGGCAAAUCGUGAAGUUCCGCUGUUUGGUGGUUCUUUAUCGUGGUUUUAAUCAAGCUGUUGUCUUCCUUUGUUGGCAAAAGUUUGAUCCAUAUAUCCGGCUUGUGGACUUCCUCUUCAACCGGUCAGGAAGAGCUAAAGAAAGUGGCACUUCUACAAGGACCACAAUUAAUUCGAAAGUUCUUCUCUGCACAAUUCUUCUAGUGGACUUGUCAAUUCAUUGGGCAAAUCUCCUUUGGCAUUUGGAGUUAGACUCCAAAACAUUUGUCUUUAGGGCAAAUCUCCUUUGGCAUUAUCUCCUUUUGGAGAUACUAUCUUGGUCUCUGUUUAAAAGUAACAGAUUGACCUCGAGAUCUGAUUCAUCUUUGGAUAUAUACAUCGGUCGUUGUUGGAACUAGGAAGACUGAUAAUCAUCGUCAGCAGGGGAUCAAUAUCAGUCUGUAAGUUUGGAUCAAACAGCUAGGACUUGCAAGUAACUUGUGUGAAUACUUUUCAUUGGAUUCCACACUAUGGAUACAUCUUCUCUAAGUGACUUUGAUAGUUUCAGCGAGAGCAGCAGUUAUGACGAUCAGGAUUAUGUUGAAUAUCUGUAUGGUGGGCAUGCCUGUUCUAUUCUUUCAAGUCUUGAGGAGAGCAUCGGUAAAAUCGACGACUUUCUCUCCUUUGAGAGAGUGUUUAUGUAUGGGGACAUAGUAUGCGCAGUAAAUGACCCAUCCGGACAGAUGGGAAAAGUGAUCAAUGUUGAGAUGAUUGUUGACUUGGAAAAUAUUUAUGGAAGCAAGAUGCAAGAUGUUAACUCAAAAGAUCUGGUGAAAAUACGUCCAAUUUCUGUUGGGGAUUAUGUAGUGAUGGGCCCAUGGCUUGGGAAAGUGGAAAAGAUAGUCGAUAAAGUUAAAGUCCUCUUUGAUGAUGGUGCAAAGUCUGAGUUUGCAGCCGAGGGUUCAGAAAUUCUCACACCAAUUUCCCCUGAUUUAGUUGAAGACCCACAAUAUCCUUUCUACCCGGGACAAAGGGUUCAAGUUCAGUCUGUAGCUGCCUCUGGAUCAACCAACUGGUUAUGUGGUGUAAAAAGUGGCAAAAGAGAGCAAGGUACCAUUUGUGCUGUGGAGGCUGGAGUCAUGUAUGUAGAUUGGAUCGGCUGUGGCAGUCUUGGUUGUGAAGAGGUGCCUAGUCCCCCGAAUCUUCAGGACUCAGAAAAGUUAACCUUGUUAUCUUGCUUCUCCCAUGCAAAGUGGCAGCUUGGAGAUUGCUGUCUACUUCCAGUUGCUGACUCUAAGAACUUUCUGCAGCAGAAUAUUCAAUGCUCACCUCCCUAUGGAGCAAUGAAAGAGAACAGGCAGCUAAAUAAGGCAUCUCAGAGUAAUAGGAGCUCAACUGUUCCGCAAGUUGCUGUAAUUUCAAGAACAAGGACAAAAGUUGAUGUUUCGUGGCAGGAUGGAAGCGUGACUACUGGAUUGGACUCAGAUUCUGUAUUUCCUGUCAAUAUUGUGGAUGCUCAUGAGUUUUGGCCAGAGCAGUUCGUGCUUGAUAAGGGAUCCUGUGAUGACUCGUCUGUUCCCAGUCCAAAAAGGUGGGGCGUGGUGAGGUGUGUUGAUGCGAAGGAGCGAACUGUAAAGGUAAAAUGGACAACUUUUUCCUUGAAUGAACCAAAUAAGUUUAGGGUAGAGCAAACUGAAGAAAUUGUGAGUGCAUAUGAACUGAUGGACCAUCCAGACUACUCAUACUGUUUCGGUGAUGCGGUUUGCAAGUUUUGUGAGGAUCAGGUUUUCAGUCUUGAUGGAAAAAGCAUGUUCUCUGAGAUGGACAUUAACUCCAAGCUGAAGAAUAUUGAUAAAAGAAAGGAUAAUUCAGAUUUCACCGGAUAUGAUCACUUGUCUUGCAUUGGUAUUAUUGUUGGCUUCAAAGAUGGCAAUAUUGAAGUGAAAUGGGCUACUGGUAUUACAAGCACGGUAGCACCCUUUGAGAUCUAUCGGAUAGGUAAGUGUGAAGCUGCUGCUGCCAUUACAGUGCCCUCUGGUGAAAAUGCUGAGCCAUCAGGUGCGGAGAUGAGUUCAGAGGAAAAUCAACUUUCAAAACCUGAGGAAAAGGACUUGCUGAAGUUUGGUGGCGAUAGUGAAAGUUGCAACAGGAGUUUGUGGAAUUCUAGUUCCUGUUUGCUUUCUCAAGCUGCUAUUGGCUUUUUCUCGAGUAUCACCUCUCGUCUUUUCGGCUCCUUGAGCACAUCACUGUUUGGUACAUACCAAGCUAUAUCAGAAGGACAGGAAUCAAGGAUUCUAAAUGAGGAGGAAGUCAUAGAACUUAGCAAUUUGAAUGCAGGAAUUCUCACACUUGAGGUAGGAUACAUGAAGGCUUCCCUUGAAAUGGAACUAGAGCAAGAACAGGAAACAGCUGAGGAUCAAAAACAUGAUGCUUUGCCAUCUUCCAGCAAGCUCCCUGAAGAGUUUAGACAGUUUGAUAUGGUAACUGGUUUCUCAGACCACCAUUUUGCAGAUGGUGCUGGAAAGGCGCAGUUAUCCCAGGUUAGAAGAGGUUGGCUGAAGAAGGUCCAACAAGAAUGGAGCAUUUUGGAACAUGAUCUUCCUGAGACUAUCUAUGUACGCGUAUAUGAAGAAAGAAUGGAUUUGCUGCGAGCAGCCAUUAUUGGUGCACCUGGGACUCCGUAUCAUGAUGGACUCUUCUUCUUUGAUAUUUACCUACCUUCGGACUAUCCGCAUGAGCCACCUAUGGUCUACUAUCACUCUAGCGGGCUUCGUGUCAAUCCCAACUUGUAUGAGUCAGGAAAGGUCUGUCUUAGUCUCUUAAAUACAUGGACGGGCUCCGGAAAUGAAGUAUGGAACCCCAAAAGUUCCACGAUUCUACAAGUUCUCCUCUCUCUUCAAGCACUUGUGCUCAAUGAAAAGCCUUAUUUCAAUGAGGCUGGAUAUGAUGCACAGAUUGGAAAAGCUGAUGGUGAAAAGAACUCAGCUAGCUAUAAUGAAAAUGCUUUCCUUGUUACCUGCAAGUCCAUGUUAUACCAACUCAACAAGCCACCUAAGCAUUUUGAAGCACUCGUGCAAGAGCACUUUGGUAAAAGAUGGAAGCACAUUUUGUUGGCUUGUAAGGCGUACAUGGACGGUGCACCAGUUGGUUCUGCAUUUCAACCCAAAAGUCAGGAGCAAGAACCGAUAAAAGGAAGCUCUACAGGGUUCAAGAUUAUGCUUGGCAAGCUUUUCCCUAAACUCGUGGCGGCAUUCACUGACAAAGGUAUCGAUUGCAGUCAGUUGUCCGAUUAAGUGUUGCUAUGCACCUGUG